AUGAAAGUCACUUCUCUCGUCUUUAUUUUGAUGUGUGUUCUAUUCACGUUCUUGUACUUCACAACGCCACAAUUCUUGAUUGACCCGCGUGUCGUUAUGUAUCAAUACGAAACAGCGAAACAACAAAUAUCAAUAACUAUAGAACAGAAAACCCUACCUCAAUUGGUGAAUAAAACAGUGCCGAAAUACACAGAUAAGGUGUGUCCUGAAGGGAUUGAUGUUGUGUGGUUAUGGGUCAAUGGAUCUGAUCCGGUAUUCCGACAACAAUACGAGCGAAGUGGCAAGAAGAGUGGGGAGGGGAGGUUUCGCGACUAUAACACACUUCAAUACUCUUUACGUUCCGUCUAUGAAUAUGCUCCAUAUAUCAAGAAUUAUUACAUCGUGACAAUGGACCAAAUUCCGUCUUUCAUCAACAUGUCGCGAUUGACGUAUAACGAUUAUAAGUUGCGAAUCGUCUCCCAUAAGGAGAUCUUCCCCGACACUUCAGUCCUUCCCAUUUUCAAUUCAAAUGCCUUAGAAGUUUCACUUCACAACAUCAAGAACUUGUCUUCUUGUUUCUUGUAUUUGAACGAUGACAUGUUUCUUGGUAACACAUUAAGUCCUUCCCAUUUCAUUGCACAAACCGGAAAACUCAAAAUCUAUGCCAACUCUUGGGCUGCACCCGACAAAGAACGAAUGCAAAAGAACAUAUGGCACCGCAGUGUCGGAUACUCAAACGAACGGGUGAAUGCAAUCUUCAAGCAGCCCCCUACUAAGAAACACAGUUAUGUCUCCCAUCACUGCUAUUUCUUCAAAACCUCAAUCCUCGCCGAUCUCGAAAAGAACUUGAAAAAGGAAUACGUCAAAACUCGCCAGAGUAAGUUCCGCCACGACGACGAUAUGGCAGUCCCAUUUUCACAUGGGGCUUAUGCCGUCGAGUCUGGCAAUGGUACAUACAUCAGAGAGUCUAACUACUAUUACGCUACAUUCACUGGAAAUCGCGCGACGAAUUUGAAGACCAUCAACAACAUUAAGAACAAGAAGCCACAGUGCGUCUGUCUGAAUGACGCUCUUGACAAAGCGACGAAAGACCAAAUAGAUAAGGAGACUAUUGUCCUCCAUACCUUUCUCGAUCAGUACCUCCCAAGGUCCUCCCCUUUUGAAAACGAAGUAUCGUUGUAA